AUGCGACGCCCUUGUUGGUCAGAGCUCAUGGCGCUCAAUAUUGAUUCUCCUGGGGAAGAUAGCUUUUUCGGCAUGCACAGCAUCAAGCCUGUUGGGUACGGUGGCGCCACUGGCGACGGAACUCUAGAUCUUGUGGGCUUCGACGUCGAAAUCGUGGACGAGAGGACUCUUCGCUUUUGGCUAAUCAACCAGCGGCCGCCAGUUGAUGCGAACAAAAAGUACCUUGAUCCGAAGAAGAUAGGGGGCAAACGCAACUGUGGAUGUCGCAAAGAAUUUGAUCUCCUCAUUGGUGGCGGCAACGUUGCCUAUUGCGCUUCUUCGGGCACCUGCCACCCCACCACGGCAAAUAAACUAUUUUUUUUCUCGAAUGGCCUUACGCGUGGUGCUGAUGGUUUGGUGUACGUUCCCAGCUCCCUGACUGAUGGAGCUCAAGUCAUGCGACUUAAUCCCAAUGGUAUACUUGAGCUACUCGACGUCAUCAAGCUCGGUAUACUGGUGGAUAGCCUGGCGGUCUAUAAAAAAGGUGAUAUUUACGCCGCCGGCCUACCAAAAUUUUUGGAAAUCAUUGGCACCAUGGAUGAUCCCUUUGGUAAGGAUGCUCCCUCGACAGUAUGGCGCAUCACUAGGGAUGUCAACGGCUACACGGCAGAAAAGAUUCUCGAGGAUAAGGAAAAACGAAUCUUAAGUGGAGUUACGACUGCGAGGCAUGAUGUUAAGACUAGAAGACUGUCUAUGGGAGCCGCGUUGACUCCAUACAUGAUGAUCUGUGAUCCGAAGUAG